AUGAAUGUUUCUAAGAAACAACAUAAAUUAACAAUUUCAUUCUCUCUUUCGUACAAUCAGCCAAAGUUUUCUCCAACACCCAUUUGGAAUUCCAAUGGAAUUACUUUGGCUAAUCGAUCGAUUAUUGGUCGAUAUCCUACUUCCCUUUUUGUGAGCACAAACAACACAAUCUAUGUUGCUAAUCAAGAAGACAGCACAAUUGUAAUAUGGCAUGAAGAUAGUGUCAAUCCAACAAAGAUAAUUCACGGUAAUUUUAUAGAACCCUUUUCUCUCUUCGUGACAUCAAAUGGUGAUGUUUAUAUUGAUGAUGGUGAUUAUAAAAGUGGUCGAGUACAGAGAUGGAGUGCAGAAACAAAUACGUUUGUCACGGUGAUGAAUGUCAACUCAUCAUGUUGGGGUUUGUUUGUCGAUAUCAGUAACACUCUUUACUGUUCAAUGCCUGAUCAUCAUCAAGUAGUGAAAAGAUCAUUAAAUGAUUCUGUGAUGAAUUCAAAUCGUAUUGCUGCUGGAACAGGUAUUAACGGAUUAGCCUCGAAUCAACUGGGACGUCCUUUUGGAAUUUUUGUCGAUGUGAAUUUGGAUUUAUAUGUGGCAGAUUGUGUAAAUGAUCGAGUUCAGUUGUUUCAGUCGGGAGAACUAAGUGGUAUCACAGUGGCUGGAAUUGAAUCACUAAAUCCAACAAUUACACUUGAUUGUCCAAGCGGAAUUAUAUUAGAUGCUGAGAAAUAUUUAUUCAUUGUAGAUCACUAUGAUUAUCGAAUUGUUGGUUCAGGCUUGAAUGGUUUUCGAUGUUUAGUUGGAUGCUAUGGAAUGGGUUACCAAUCUAAUCAAUUGGAUAAGCCAUUUAGUUUAAGUUUCGAUCAUUCUGGAAACAUGUUUGUUACUGAUCAAGGAAAUAAUCGAAUUCAAAAAUUUUUAUUGAUGAAAGAUUCUUUUGCUCUUUCAUAUAAUCAACCAAAGCUUUGUUCAGCAGCCUUUUGGUAUUCCGAUGGAAUUACUUUGGCUAAUCAAUCGAUUGUUGGCCGAACUCCUCGCGCCAUUUUUGUAAAUACAAACAACAAAAUGUAUGUUACUAAUCUAGAAAACAACGCAAUUCUAAUGUGGGAUGAAGAAAGUGACAAUCCAACAAACAUCAUUUGUGGUAAUUGUACAGAAUCCUAUUCUCUCUUCGUGACAUCAAAUGGUGAUGUUUAUAUUGAUGAUGGAUAUGUGAAUGGUCGAAUGCAGAAAUGGAUAGCAGAAACAAAUAUCUUUGUCACAGUGAUGAAUAUCAACUCAUCAUGUUAUGGUUUGUUUGUCGAUAUCAAUGAUACUCUUUAUUGUUCAAUUGCUAGACAUCAUCAGGUAGUGAAAAGAUUAUUAAGUAGUUCUGUGAUGGAUUCAAAUGGUGUUGCUGCUGGAAUAGGUACUUCAGGAUCACACUUUAGUGAACUUAGUGGUCCUCGUGGAAUCUUUGUCGAUGUGAAUUUGGAUUUAUAUGUGGCAGAUUGUGGAAAUAACCGUGUUCAGUUGUUCCAGUCGGGAGAACUAAAGGGCAUCACAGUGGCUGGAAGUGAAACACUAAAUCCAACAAUUACACUUGAUUGUCCAAGUGGAAUUAUAUUAGAUGCUGAGAAAUAUUUAUUCGUUGCAGAUCAAAAUAAUCAUCGAAUUGUUGGUUCGAGCUUAGGCGGUUUUCGAUGUUUAGUUGGAUGCUAUGGAAUGGGUUACCAAUCUAAUCAAUUGAAUUCUCCAUCUAGUUUGAGUUUCGAUCGUUCUGGAAAUAUGCUUGUUACUGAUUUAUUUAAUGGUCGAAUUCAAAAAUUUAACUGUUUAAAAAAAUUUUGUGCCAAUACUUCUGCGCCUCUACAAAAGACCUAUUCAUCGUCAUUGACUAAAAUCAAUCAAAUUUAUUAUCGAGAUUGUGACAAACGAAACUUUUAUUACGAAUCCAUUCGAGUGAAAGUGAUCGAAACUGGUUACUACACUUUUCGUAGUAGUGGUAACAUUGAUUCAUAUGGAUCUAUUUACAAAAACAAAUUUAAUCCACUUGACCCAUCAGAGAAUUUCCUUAAAACAGUUGACGACAGCGAUUCUGGUGCUCAGUUCAAACUUGAUAUUCAACUUGAUAUUGGCACGAUAUAUGUAUUGGUUGUGACAACAUUUGAUUCAAAAGAAACUGGAAAAUUUUCGAUCGAUAUGUUGGGUAAAAACAAAGUUAUUCUCGAGCGUCUUAGUACUCCAGUAAAUAUGCAACUCAAAUAUUCAUCAAAAUUAACCGAUGAUAGUCCAACAUAUUAUCGAGAUUGUCAAGUACCACGAUGUCACUAUGAAACUUCACAAAUUCAUGUUAAUACAACGGCUUUGUAUGUUCUUUCGAGUGAAAACAACAUUAAUGCGUAUGGAUAUAUCUACAAACAUGAUUUCAAUCCUCUGAAGCCACCUGAAAAUUUACUCCUAUCACAUGACGGUCCAGAACUAAGUAGUUGUGUUAUCGGUGAUCAAUGUAACUUUUAUCUCAAAGGGAUCGGUUUGACUCUCGAUGAUAUUUUGCAUGAUGAACUUCAACCGAAUACAGUAUUGAAUAAUCAAUCAUUUUCGAUAAAAUUAAGUGCGGGUUUAACAAUAAUUAUGUUUGUCGCAGGAUUAAUCAAUAGUAUUCUUUCUUUUAUUACAUUUCAACAUAAAGAUUCUCAACAAGUUGGAUGUGGAAUGUAUUUAUUGGCAUCAUCGAUUACUUCUCUUUUGGCAAUUAGUAUGUUCAUAAUAAAAUUUUGGUUUGUUGUUCUUACUCAUAUCAAUGUGUUUCCUAAUCUAUCUGUUCUUCGUGGAGGUUGUGCAUCUAUUGAACCAAUUCUAAAACUUUUUCUCUACUUAGAUGGUUGGCUUAAUGCUUGUGUAGCAGUUGAACGAGCAUUACUUAUUUUUAAAGGAGUAAAAUUUGAUAAAAAACAGAGCAAAUCUAUUGCUCGACGAACAAUUCUUAUUUUGCCAUUCUGUGUUCUCGGUACUAUUAUUCACGAACUCGUAUUUCGCAGAUUAUUUGAAUAUGAAACAGUACCAGAUACGAUAGAUACGAGUAAGACAAAUGAAACCAAGCUAUAUGUAUCAUGCAUCACUCAAUAUUCUCCUUCUGUUCAAGAUUACAAUACAGCCGUUCUAUUUUUUCAUCUUGUUGGUCCAUUUAUUGUUAAUCUUUUCUCUGCAUUAUUUAUCAUCUUUGGAGGUGCUCAUCAACGAUCAACGGCACGAACUAACCAAAGUUUUAAAGAACAUAUUCAAGAACAAUUCCGUGAACAUAAACAAUUGAUCAUUAGUCCAAUAAUUUUACUCAUUUUAUCAAUACCUCGUCUCAUCAUUUCAUUACUUCCUGGCUGUGUAAAAACAUCUGAGAAUUUGUGGUUGUAUCUUGGACCAUAUUUCAUUUCGUUUACUCCUUCGAUGCUAAUUUUUCUUAUCUUUGUUGUUCCUUCAGAAUUGUAUAUGAAAGCGUUUAAACAAUCGUUCAAUCGUAUUCGACGUCGUACUCCUCCUUAA